AUGGAAUGUGGAGUAAAAAGCUUGAAUAGUAAUUUCAGGAUCUGUCUAAAUGGUGGAAGUUGUGUGGACAGAAUAAACGAUUAUGAAUGCCGCUGUGAACGUGGCUAUACAGGACGUAACUGUGAGCAAUUCGUUGACUUGGAACAGUUCAAUAAGACGGAUGUACUGGAGAGGGAGUUAUGCGAGAGGCAUAAAUGCACUGAUAAGGCAAAUAACGGCGUGUGUGAUGCGGUCUGUAAUUAUUACGCGUGUGGAUUCGAUGGUGGCGAUUGCAGUGCACACAUAAACCCAUUCGAUAGAUGCGCAUCACCCAGCUAUUGUGCACACGUUUUUGGCGAUGGAAAAUGCGACACGGUAAGGUGUUGUAUAUGUAACAACGAAGGUUGCUUAUUCGAUGGGUUCGACUGUGAUAAGUUGCGUAAUCGAUGCGUACAAAAACAGUUCUGUGCAUCGCAUUAUGGUAAUGGUGUGUGCGAUAAGGUGUGCAAUAAUGCUGGUUGUGGUUGGGAUGGAGGCGAUUGCGAUCAGUCGUCUGAUAACGACGCUUUGUUAGCCGGAGAUGUGAUAAUGGUUUUAUUGGUUAAACCAAACGAUUUCGUCCAAAACGCACAGACAUUCUUGUUGACACUCAGUCAGAAAUUAAGAGCUUCGGUUCGGAUUCGUUUCGCGGACGGCAAACCGAUGAUUUACGAAUGGGGCUCAGAGAGUGGUGUUGGAGCACUUGUCGAGAUACCGACCGAGAAGUUACCUUUGUUGUCAUCGACCUAUCAACGUAGCAAACGCAGCUCAACACAGAAUGAAUUGAGUGGAACAAUGGUGAUAUUGAGUCUGAAUGUUGCACGGUGUCGUCAAGAGGAUCGUAAUGAUUGCUUCUCGGAUCUGUUCAGUGUUGUCAGUUUCCUUGGUGCUGCAAAUGCCAAACAAGAACUUCAAGAAUUGGGUAUGCCGAUGUAUUCGGCUCGUGCAGAAGUAAGGCCAUCGAUUUCGGAAGAGGAGACGAGUCCAUUCAGAGUGAUUUUGAUCUCAUUUGCUGUGAUUAUCGCAAUUGUCGUGAUUGCUUUCCUGAUGGUUCAACAAGGCCGAAAACGAAAAACAAUUCAUGCUCACAUCUGGCAUCCACCCGCAACUGAUAGUUACUUAUCGAUGGUGAAUGUUCGUGGCAAAGGAGGACGUACAGCCCUGAUGCAAACGGCGUCGAAUCAAAGCAAAACGGAGUCAGUGACGAUUGAUGACAUGCGUAACUUGAUCAAAUCCGGUGCCGAUAUCGAUGCUCAAGACGACUGUGAAGACACUGCACUCAUGUUGGCUGUCAAAAGCGGACGUGCUAUGGUCGUUGAAUAUUUGCUGAAGAAUGGUGCAGAUGCGACGAUUGUUGAUGAACGUGAUCGUACACCGUUACAUCAUGCUGUUGCGAUACAGUCCAUUAAGAUCGUCAAAUUACUUAUCGAUACUGGACGUAUCAAU